ACAAAAAAGAAAACAAAAAAAAAAUUCCAAGUGAGACUAAGCCAUGGCUAAAAAAAAGACAGCUUGGAUCCGGGACUAUAAGACCCGGAAAUCCAGCCUAAAGAGGAGAUUAACCGGUCUAACGAAGAAAGUGAACGAGCUGUCCAUUCUGUGCGAUAUGCCAGCUUCACUGGUUGUUUUCAAUCGAGAAGAAGAUCAAUUGGCGGCGUGGCCAUCUCCCGAGGCGGCUAAGUCACUCAUCGACAAAUUUUAUUCUUUAACGGACCAUGAAAGGACCAUGAAGGCCGUCGAUCCGGAGUCAUACGUCCAGACCAAUAUCGAAAAGAUUGAGAAGAAACUAGCCGAUACUCGGAAGGUUAUCACGGAGCUUGAGAUGGAACAUCUCAUGUUCGACCUCCAAAAUGGUCGUGAACUUGCUGAUCUCUCCCCAACCGAGGUUGAUAAAUUAAUAUCGUAUUCGGGUAAGAAGCUUAUGUGUUUGAGUAAACAGAUGGGUUCUACGGUGGAUCAUGAGGCCCUGAGGGCUUCGAAUGUUGCGUCUGGGUCAGGUGGAAAUGGUUUUAACAUGAUGGGAACUGGAAGAAGUUUCUAUUAUUUGGAUAAAUGGGUCUUCGUUGAUCCACAAGUCCAAAAACCUUGUGAUGAUGAGACUCAUUUACCCACAAUGGUCACUGGAUUAGACCUAAACAUGGAACCAUCUCAUGAAGACUUGGGUACCUAUAAAGGAGAGAGCAGCAAGGCCGCUGGUGCUGAAGACGAUUCCGAAUGAAGCUGCCGUCGAAGUUGACAUGACAAUGUGUCUUGAAUUUUCUCGAAAUAUUGUUUUUUUUUCUAUUAUUGUUGUUGUUUCUUGCUCGUUUCAUAUCUUUAGUUUUCUUAUGUUUUGGUCCAGUUUUUAUCAUGUCUCUUGUUAUGUAUUAAACUCUUGUAUUUGCG